AUGAGCGCCUCCAUCGUCGACGACUUUCGCCAUCGCGUCGCGGAGGCCGAGGCGCUGAGGUCGAGGCUCGAUCGGCUUGAACUCGACCGCGAUUCGGAGCUCGGUCGAAUUCUGCGUCGUCGUCGCGCGGACGAAGCCCAUUCUCCCGCGGGACUUCGACCGCAUCCAUCGACGGCGCAUAGCCCCAUCUCGCCGUCUCUCACGCGCUUACAUGGAUCCCCCGGUCGAGACAUAUACACGGAAGACGGGUAUCGCGCGAGCUGGACCGCGACGUCGCCGCUGAGUUCGGGACUGGACUCGUUGGGAAGUCCGAGCCCGAGCCCAUCCUCGGCGGGGUGGCACUCGCGCUCGCCCGCCUCGCGCCCUCGGUCACUUCCCGGCAGCGACAUCUUCGCCGAGCGGAGCGGGCUCAACGAGGAUCCCUCGCCGCCGAGAUGGAACGACGCGACGAUCCCGCCGCGCGGCGCGAUGAACCCGAGCCUCGACCCGGACGCUCGGGAACGGCGCUCGAGACAAUCGAGUCACCACCAUCACGACGACGACGACGACGACGACGACGCUCGCUGGGACAUUGCGCCGCGACCGGACCGCGACGACCGCGCGCGGCACCUCGAACCUUCGCCGCGACGACCCAACCGCGGGAAGAAGUCGACGACGGCGAGACGAACCCCGUCCCUCUCCUCGCUGCUUCGACGAACGACGGAGUCGCACCUGUCGACGUGGGAACCCGUCGAAUCAGCCCCGGCGUCCAUCGACCCCGGCGGCGAACGACCCGUCGGGCCCCGCAGUCCCGGCAGGCGCGUGAAGCCCCGGUGGAAACACGCGGGCGGACCCGCGCGAUCGACCGGACCCGCGCUCUCCUCCCUGACGACCCCGAGGGACGUGGACCCCGUCGUGGACGCCCUCGAGCGUCGCAUGGGUUUAGUCCCGGGGUUUAGUCCCGGUGAGUCGUCGCCCACGGCCAACGCGGCGCUGCACGAUCCGAUCCGAAACGGACCUCGUCGGCGCCCGCCGAGCGCGUUCGCGACGCGUCGGCGGGAACGAACGAGCGUCGCCGCCCUGGGCCGGUGCCGUCCCCCGGACAGGCUGACGUUCUCGUGCGCGAUGAAGGCGACGGAGAAGUGGGAGACGGCGAGGGCGAGGGAGGCGGCGGAGAAGGAAGCGAAGGAGGAGGCUAAUAAGAGACGACUCUUCCCGGGGGGCGCGCGCGGGAGACUCGACGGCGACGGUUCGCCCCCGGGAAGAAACGGCCGGAGAAACGGCCGCGAGGAACACGAACGGCGGCGCGGCGGUGGCGUCGAGGGCGCGGUCGUCGGCGGUUUCUCCCCACGUUUCUUCCCGGGGCCGUCGAAGCGCGGUCUGAUGCCGCCGUUUUUUCGGUCGCCAGGCGCGGAUGUGGACGGAUCGCCAAAGGGAUCGCCGAAGGGAUCGCCGUCGCCCGCGGCGAUAGGCGCGGGAUUGGAGCGCGCCGAGCUGGGGUACGGAUGGAAGACGACGCCGGAGAGCAGCGAGUGGAUGAUUUGGACCUGGAACCAGCCAGUUCUCAUACCCGACGAUGACUACUCUCGCGGGCGGAACCCCGAAGCGGACUGCGCCACAAUCGGGCGCGCCAUGAACGAUACCAACCGCGUGAUCGUCGCGUGGGCGCUGAUUGCCCUGGCGUGCUCGUCGGGAUGGUAUCUCGACAGGCGCCUGCCAACCCCGGUCGCUGAGGAUGCGCCUCCGACGGUCUUCUCCGAAUCUCGAGCGUUGAAGCUCGCGCGCGACAUGGAAGCAGGGGGACCUCGACCCGCGGGCUCCCACGCGGAGGCCAGGGCGUUCGAUCUCAUCCGCCAAGAGCUGAGGACGAUCGAGGCGACGCGACCGAACGUGGGGGACGACGGCGACGACCAACUCGAAAUCGACGUCGUCGAGCACUCUCACAGCGGCCAGUUUCCGCUGCACGUCGGCGGGGAUCCGCGGCACGAGCAGCUCAUGGUGUACGAAAACCUCGCGUCCCUCGCGAUACGCAUCCGGAGGCGCGAUGACUCCGUCCCACCAGACGCCAAGGAGAGGGAGAGGACCGCGUUGCUCGUGAGCGUCCACGUCGACUCUGUUCACGUCUCGCCGGGGGGUUCGGACAACGCGGCGAGCGCGGCGGUGGCCGUCGAGCUCGUCAGAAACGUCGUCGCCGACGCCGUCGCGCUGUUCGGCGCGGAGGAAGGCGCGAAGGAAGGCGACGAGUCGUCCAAUCGCGGCGCUCUCGUCGUGAUAUUUUCCUCGGGCGAGGAGGACGGCCUCGUGGGCGCGCACGGGCUCGCGACCAGCCACCCGUGGUUUCCCCAGAUCGGCUUCUCCGUCAACCUCGAAGCCAUGGGCAACGGCGGACCGCAUCGAAUGUUUCAGGCCACGCCGGGUGUCCUGACGUCCAGGUUCCUGCGGAUGUGGUCGGACGCUUCUAGAAAACCAGUCGGAACCGUCGUCGCGUCCGACGUCUUCGCCGCGGGUCUCAUCGCGUCCGACACGGAUCACAGGAUAUUUCGCGAUUUCGGCGACGUCCCGGGGAUCGAUUUCGCGUGGGUCGAACGCACCCAGGCGUACCACACCCCGAGGGACACGCUCGCGCUGGUGAGACCGGGAACGGCGCAGGCGUCGGGCGAUAACCUCCUCGGGUUUGUCCGGCGAUUUCUGCGGGAGCCGCCCCGAAUGAGCGGCCACCUCGGCGGCGGCGUGUCGAAGCUGCGCAAACGCGGGCGAUACGGCAAAAGGCAGCAGGGUCACGCGUACGUGUGGUUCAAUCCGCCGCACGCGUCGUCGUACGUGAUGUUGCCGUUGCCCGGCGACGGCGCGAAGAGACCCGUGUACGCCGCCGCCGUCUUCAUCGCGUUUCAGAUUGUGAGGGGCGCUUUCCAGACGAAAACAGUCCCUUCCCGGAGGGACAUCUUUCACGUGUGCGUCGUCGUCCCGCUGGCGAUCGUCGGGUGCGGUGCGGCCACUUUCUCGGGGCCGAUCGUCGCGGCCGUGUUCGCCCCGGAGACGGCGCGUCGAGCCUUUGGAUCGCCGGCGCCGUGGGCGUCGUCGCCGUUUUCGCUCGUGUGCCUGUCGACGAUACCGGGAGCGAUCGCCUCCCUCCUGACGUUCCGGGCGUUGUUCGUGCUGCUCAGACGCAUGAAGAGACGGGCGCUGCGAGACAUCGCGGAUGAACGCACGGCGCGGAGGAAGAAGGACGACGACGCGAACGUCGCCGGUGACUCACCGGACGGCGACUCACAGGACGGCGACGGGCUCACAGCCGCCGGACGGGUCACGGCGGAUGAUUCCGGCGAGUGGACCGUCCUCGCGGGCACGGCGGCCGUGUUCAUCGCGACGGCAGCCAAAGGCAUCGACGCGGGGGUGGCGAGUUCCUACGUGGUCCUCAUACCCGCGACGUCGCUUUUCGUCUUGCUCGCGAGACCUGCGCUCGGCGUUUUCUUGUCGCCGAAGCGAACCGGCCUGGGCGCCGCGCCUCCUUCGCCGACGUCGGUGGCGUCCGCGCUGCUCGUUCCGCUGUACAUCUUCUUCCCGGUCUAUUGCGUCCUGCUCGACGUGAUGCACGGCAUGACCGGGCGGACCCGCGUACCAAAAACGUCCGCCGCGUCGCGCGCGUUUUCCGAAUACACCAACGACGCCGUCUGCGGUGAGUUUAUCAUAUUUUGA